AUGUCUCACUUCACCAUCGGCACCUUUUUCGCCUCCACGGCCACCGCCCUCGCGCCGUUCCUGAUCGUCUACUACAUGCCUCAAAAGGUGCAAAAGACGCAAACCCCUUCGUCGGCGCUGGCCACGCUCCCCAAACCGCGCCCUCUCGCUGCUCUGCGCGACGCGCGCGAGAACGCGAAGACGGCGCCUGAAUUCAACCUCCUCUAA